AAUAUGUGACAAGGCAAAGUGUAUUUUCGUUUGCUUUUUGCGCUAAUAGUAUAAGGCUAUACUUAGUUUGAUCUGCUCUCGCUCACCUUGGUACCGGUAAACGAAGAAUGUUGGGGUUAUUGGUUGUAACCCUGUUGACGCUUUCAACAAGCGUAAAAGCGCAGGAUAAGACAUGUGAUGAACUAGGGUUUACACCAGAGCUGGUGUGCAGCGAUUGCGACGUUCUGGCUGAGUAUGUCAAAGAUGCUGAGCUGGCAGAAGACUGCAGAAAAUGCUGCACUAAAGACCCCGUUAGCAAGAGAUACAGCAAAGCAGAGCUGAUCGUCGAUCAGUGGCGCGCCAACGCGCUGCCCCAAAUCAAGGACUUCAUUGACAAGAAGGCCAAGGUGUACGGCAAGCAGCUCAAGGUGUCGUACAGCCCUGGGGCCGCUCCCAGGCUUCGGUUGAAGGGAUCUGCGGGCUCCGAAACCGUUCGAAUUGACAACUGGAAGGCGACCCACAUCGCUGAGUUUCUAAAUGAGCGGUUGGAGGCAGUAGCGGACAGCGAUGGGGGUGUAGCAGCUGCUACAGCUUGAAUGCAUGCGGGAGAUUGCGGGCGCAGCCAGAGCAUUUGACGGUGUGGCCUCUGCUUUCGCAGCUGUAUCCUAAGCUGGCUUAUGGGUCAGGGAAGGCGUGACGAGUAGCCUGAGGUGGAGCGCAGGAGUCGGGCCUUGUGUAUGUUAAGUGCAGAAAUCCGCACGCCUUGUUGUGUGCCAUGUAAUCCCUAUAAGGUCUGUUAGUUGCUUUUGUCUUCACCAUCAUUUGGGAGGUAUCAUGAUACCGUUAGCAUGGUAAGAUAU